AUGCAAGCCCGCUACUACAACCAAGUUCUCUUUUCUCCUUUCAGGAAUAGCCCUCUGCUCAUAUACGUCGUGUGGAUGAACAUGAUCACGGUUCAAAGAUCAAACGGCAGCCGCACACUGCUUGGUGGCCCACCUCCCUUCCUGCCUCCACAAGGCACGGGUGUGGUCGUGGCCAUGAGUGGAAGCAUCCCCUCGGCCGUCCUGUCAGCAAUCACUCCUCGCAGCCGCUCUGCAACGAGAGUGGCAUAUCAACUAAAUAAAUCACACGGGACAGACUUCGGGGCAGGUUGCCGUGAAAGUGAGGGGGUGGCACUGAGGAGGUACUCACGCUUUCACAUCUUCUGGCAGGUUUGGGACAACAGUGUCUUGGCAGCAGAGGAACGGAGAGGGAUACCCAAGGCUCCUGAAGAAAGGGACGUAAAGGCUAAGUCUGUCGGGAUCAGAGGUCCAUUGAUUUGUUACACUGCCAAUCAAGCCAACGCAACACUGGACUUGAUCAUCAAAUCUGGAGGAAGACCUGCCAACGACUUGCUGACUCUAAAGAUUGAAGUUUAUUUAAAGAUCACCUUUGAAGCGUCUGGAAACUACUUGAUUGUGAAGCUGUCUUUAGACAGCCCUGAUGACCUUUUAAUUUCUUCACCUGUGGCUGGGACAAAUGUGAACCGUUACAUACAGUGGAGUGAAGCUAUGGUUAGGAAAACCCUGAAUGCGCUGAAUCGAAUGUACCAAGACCAAGUGCCAACCCUGAGAACCAAGCAGCACAUGAACAACACAGCAGUGGCCGACUCACAGGGCAUGCUGCACAUUCAUGUGAUUGACUGAUCCAGAGAACCAACCAUCCAACCGCUGCGCUUCAUUUUAAACACUUUUUUAUCCUCUAAUA